AUGCCUUGCGCUUUAGCGGUACCAAACUCUCCGAUCUUCUCACCGUCGAAAAUUCCGUCCAUUUUCUGCCGGUCAUCUCCUUCUUCAUGUUCUUCUCCUAGAGUACUUCUCCAUGGUCCACCUCCAACGCCGUCGUCACGGUCCAACAACCCACUUUCGUCGCCGAAGGCUUUCCCGGCAAGGUUUCAGAGUCAGAGGCAUGUGAUUAGUAACUGCAAGAAGGAGCCGUCGGGUUUGGGCUCGGGUCCGGCUUUGGCUUUGAAGAGGAAGAGGCCGAUGAGGAUUGAUAUUCCGACUGCGCCGGUGAGUUUCGGCGUUGACUCGCCGAAGGUUGAGGAGAGAGUGGAGGCGGUGGAGGUUGACGAAGAUGGUUACUCGGUUUACUGUAAGAGAGGGAAAAGAGGUCUCAUGGAGGAUCGGUACUCCGCCGUGGUUGAUCUUCAUGAUAAUACCAGACAGGCGUUCUUUGGUGUGUUUGAUGGGCAUGGAGGUUCAAAGGCAGCUGAAUUUGCAGCAAAGAACUUGGAUAAGAACAUCGUGCGUCGUUUGGCGAGUGGAGGAGAAGAGAAGGUCAUGGAAGCAGUGAAAGAUGGUUAUUUGGCGACCGAUGUUGAGUUUUUGAAAGAGGAUGUUAGUGGUGGUGCUUGCUGUGUGACUGCCUUGGUACAGAAAGGUAACCUGGUGGUGUCGAAUGCUGGUGAUUGCCGCGCUGUUAUGAGCCGAGGAGGGGUUGCUGAGGCCCUUACGUCUGAUCAUCAUCCUAGUAGAACAGAUGAAAGAGCCAGACUUGAAAGCUCGGGUGGUUAUGUGGAUUGUUGCCGUGGUGUUUGGAGAAUACAAGGGUCUCUUGCUGUUUCAAGAGGAAUUGGAGAUCGACAGCUAAAGCAGUGGGUUAUAGCAGAACCAGAGACUCAAGUCCUAAAAAUAAAUCCUGAAUGCGAGUUCUUAAUGUUAGCUUCUGACGGUUACUAA